AUGAUCAAGACUGCUGUUAAUAUCACUUCAUUACCGAAAUAUAUGUCCGACAGAAAAAGUGAAGUUGGCAUAGCAGAACGUGCUGGUCGCUCUGCUGAUGUUAUAAAAAUAUUAACACAAACCAUCGAAGAGAUUGAGCGAGUGAGUCCAGAGGAUCUCUUAAAAGACCUUGAGCAUUUAAAGACCAAUGUUAUUCCAAUUAAUAAUCACCACUCCAAAGAAGGGAAUGACAAUCGGGUCAGUGCACUGUUAUAUUGUUUUGAGAAACUCAUUCAAACGAAGACAAUGGCAAAGAACGAACAAAGUUUAAUAGAAGCGAUGAACGAUGGGGUCCGGUGUAUAUUGGAUGUGGAGAAGUACUUAAAGAGUAUAGGGGAGAGUGAAUACAUACCACCAUUAUACAUCGAAGUCUAUACAUACACCUCCGCGGAGUUCUUUAAGACGUACUUCCCCGAGAGUUAUCACGCCAAUUUCAAUUUCCAAGAGAUCCGAGUGCUCGAGAACAUCGGCAUUGCGUUGGGAGUCUUCACGCCCACGCCAGACCUGUUACAUUGGGACAAAGAAUUUCCGUUGAAGCGGUGUUGUUCUUCCACGGAGUUACCGAUCUUUGCGGACAAGACGUUGAAUCAAAUCACCGAGGAACGGGCGAUAUUUAACGACUUGAUGAUCAAAAAAUUGAUGUUGGCUAUUAACUCGACGCGAGAAGGGUAUUUACGUUGUUUGUUAGCAAUGAAGCUUGGGGUGUUUUACUUCCAGAUUGGUCAAGACGAUGAUGCGUGGAAUGUGUUAAUAGAUGCUGGGAAUAAGUUAUUGAAAAUGAAGAGAAAGGUACGGGCGUAUUAUUGUCUCGUGUUUGCAUAUCACUGCACUGAUAUCGAAAGGAGAAAAAUGCGUGUGUUGUUACAUUUGUUAGUCCUCGGGAAGUUAAAUAGUGAAGAGAAGACUUGGAUGAUGCAGAACUUCAUUAUUAACAAUCAUCCACUGUUGGAGUAUGAGGAAGUCGUGAAACGCGUGAAAGAAAGAAUGACUGCGGUCAGCGGAGAGAAGAUCGACGGAGAAAAUUUAAUUAGUGUUGGAGUGCACCCGUCCGUCUUAACCCUUGAAAUUGGGAUUCCUCUAAACUGCGUUAUCGACGGGAAAAACUAUAAUUUCGAGCCACAUGUUCCGGUAAAAUUCACACUCAAAUCGACGAAAGUGCUUAUUGAAAUAGUAAAAGGGCCAACACUUGUAGUCCCCAUAAGACAGAUGGAUCGAUAUUCAUUAGUUCCUGUUUCAGUUGAAUGUGUACUUCCAGAGUUUAUUAAAGUCGACAAAGAGUGGAAGGGAUUUGUUGGGUUAAAAUUGACUGUGAACUCUGCAGUCAACUUGGUGCAAGCGAAGGGAAAGUUCUUUACUAAGACCGCACAAGUGGGGUAUAACUUUAAAAGCCAGACCGAGAAGUAUGAAGGAAAGAUUCAAAUGAAACAUCGCAAAAUCGAUACUUCACUGUUUAAGGCGCCCUACGAAAUUAUGUUUUAUAUGCCUAUUCAUGGCUUAAGUCGAGAGAACCCAGCUUCGCCAUUUACUAUCAAAUGUAGUGGAGUAUACCCCGUGACUUAUAAUGGAUUUGUUAGUGUCAUUGAUCCUAUAAUUACACCACUCACUGUACACUUGGAAAAUUGUGAAGGCAACUGGGUCGGCAAAUUUCCACUGACGAAUAACACACAGAACACUAUUACCGUGAAAAACUUGGUUGUCACUAUUAACAAGGAUUUAUGCUUAAAAGAAGUCAAUCCAAUACAAGUGGAUAAAGCGAAGAAUCUGCUUGUCGAGGUACAGGGAGGAAGAGUUGGGAGUGGGGAAGUUGCACUGGAAUUUGAGCAUAAUGGGAACGUCUAUGAAUACCACAACCCAAUCACUUUUAUUAAAGAAAAGGUAUACUGCUCUGUCAAAUUUGAGUUUGACGAGCCGAUCAUCAAUGUAGGUGGAGUCAUGAAUGUGUUUACUCAUUUGCGAGGCAUAGAAGACCACCACGAGAUUGAAGUUCUCAUAGAAAGUUCAGAAGCGAUUUGUGUGUGUGGGUUUGUACGAAAGAUUGUUCAUGUUGACCCGAAGAAUGACAGUGUUAUUCACUUUCAAGUGAUGGGGAUAGUAGCGGGGAUGGCACAACCGCCAGUACUCAAAUUCAGGGUUAAUGGAAAGGAUGUUCUUGUUGAAUACAAGAACGCGCUGCCUGAGAUAGUUGUGAGGGAGUUACAUCCAAUCAUUGGGAUGACUACAAAAUAA